AUGUCUGAAAAGCCCAUUUUACCCUCAAUCGUGUCCAUGGGGGCUCUUACCAUCAACGAUAGUUCCAAAGACGGCUUUGGUUAUAAUCCAUCAGUGGGCCCUUCAUCGAACGCUAUCACGCCAGAGUCAUCAUCUAUUCUUCUUAAUAAGAGAUCCAUAAGUUUGACGCCCACGUCUCAGAACUCCAUAUACGACAAAACAGUCAAUACAAAGAAAGUCAACGAAAUCAGUCUAUCGUCCUUGGCAUUCCUCUUCUGUGAGGUGGUGAAUUGGGCGCUGUCACAGUCAAAAGGAAUUCAAGACUUAGAGAAUAGACUCAAUGGUCUCGGGUACCAGAUUGGACAGCGGUUCUUGGAACUUGUGAAGCUACGCGAGGGCAUGAAACACGGCAAAAGAGAAACGAAAAUCAUCGAAAUUCUACAAUUCAUCCAUGGUCCCUUUUGGAAAAGUGUAUUCGGAAAGACGGCCAACGAUUUGGAGAAGUCCCAGGACGUGAAUGACGAGUACAUGAUUAUCGACAACCUUCCGGUGAUCUCCAAGUUUAUCAGCAUACCUAAGGAAUAUGGAAACUUAAAUUGUCUGGCAUUCGUCGCUGGGAUAAUCGAAGGCGCCCUAGACUCUUCUGGCUUUCAUGCCACUGUUGUGGCCCAUUCAGCUCCUUUGGACAACCUUCCGCUUCGCACAGUAUUCUUGAUCAAGCUAGACGAACAACUACUUCUCAGAGAAGAGAUCAGAUUCAAUUAG